GAAACUAGUGAAACUUGUGAACCUGAAGAUACCGUUGAAUACAAUAAAUUUAAAAGGCGUUCAUUUUACAGGAGAGCCUUUGAAGAAGUACAGAGGCUUGGAAAGGGAUCCUUUGGUUCUGUUUAUGAAGUGAAACACAAAGUUGACAACCACAGAUAUGCAAUCAACUGUGUGAAAAUAACUCGAGACGAUGAUGCAAAAAGAAUAGUUAAGGAAGCCCAAACGCUGGCAAAGUUCUUUCACCACAAUAUCAUCCGUUACUUUAGUUCCUGGAUCGACAAAUCUUCAUUAUGGCAGACAAAAUACCUCUGUAUUCAAAUGGAGUUGUGCAAGGAGACACUGAAGAAUUGGUUACAAAAUGUUGGUAGAGAUGAACUGGACAAGAAUCGAUAUCAAAUAGUUCAUCAGAUCAGUGCUGGCUUGGUUUAUAUUCACAACCAAAAUUACAUCCACCAGGACUUAAAGCCUGCCAAUAUCUUUUUUGCAUUGGACAAUAAGAUCAAAAUUGGAGAUUUUGGGCUUGUUACAUCCUGGAAGAGAGAAGGACUUGAACAGUUUUCUCGGUCUCCAGAAGUUGGAACUCGUUUAUACAUGGCACCAGAACAGGUGUCUGAAGUGUACAAUCACAAAGUGGAUAUCUAUUCCUUGGGUCUUAUAUUAUUUGAACUUAUGUAUCCUAUCUUGCAAUCUGGAACAAAUCACGAGAAACAGAAGAUAUGGACUGAAGUGAAAGAUUGCAAUUUUCCCAUAGACUUUACAAAGAUGUUUCCCAAAGAGACUUAACUAUUAAAAAUCAUGUUGGAUAAUGACUCAACCAAAAGGCCUGAUGCUCUUGAAGUUCAGAACUCCAUUCAGGAUCUCCCACCCGCAGUGUAUCUUGAGGAAAAUGCA